UUUUCACGGAAAACGGAAGUUACCAAUUCGCCAUUGAAAAAAUUUGUGCCAUCUGUCAAAGUUGAAAAAAGAACAAAUAAACGUCGCCUUUUAGGCGUUUCUUAAAACAAUGACUUACGAUUUGCCGUGUAUGUCUUACAUGGCAAUGUACAUUAUAUCCGUACACAUUGUAAACAGCAAUUCAAGGAGUUCUGUCGGAGCUAACCAUUGGAAACUGAGCUUGGAAGAAGGAAAAGUUUUACAAGCAAGUGAUGACAAAUUGGCGGGAAGUUUAGCGAGCCCCGAGGAUGAUCCGUUGUUUAAAAUUCUCACAAACAAGCGUGUUGAAGAUGGACAGUGGCUAGUAGAUAAUGAACAAGACUGUGUAAACUGUCGAGAGAUGGAGCAAGUGCCAGUGGCUGUGCCAAGUGAGUCGUACCAAAAAGAGGUAACUAAUGAUCAAAAACAGAACAAAUCAACUGGUAAAAAACUACUGACAUGUGGAAAACCAACCAAUCAUACACAGUACGAUCAUCUAAGGGGGAUAACCAAUAGAAGUGAACACCCGCAUAUACCAGAACCAGAGGUGGCGAUUAUGUUCCGUAAAAAAGGCGCCAAAAAUUCAGAAGUGGAUAUGACUGAAUUGGAAACAAGAUUGCGAAAACUUAAAAAGCAGACACCAAAGUCUUCCUACACCUACAGUCAGAUUGGAAAUUACUGGAGAAUACGAGGCAACACACAGCUGUCUAUAGAGUGUUUCAGAAAAGCUUUAGCUGUUUCACCAAAUAGUCCAGAUAUUUUACUCUAUCUUGCCAGAAUUUUGUUUAAUCUCCAAUAUUUGGAUGACGCGAUAUUUCUCACACGACGAUCUCUAGCAAUGCAGUCAAAUGAAGACAAUUCAUGGCAUCAACAUUUUACACUAGGUGAAAUAUUAAAAGCAUACGGGCAUUAUCAAGAAGCUAGUCUCCAUUUUCAGCAGGCGUUACGGUUAAAUCCGGGAUUUCAGAGAGCCGAGGCGCAUCUACGGGAUAUGGAAGGAACACCAAAUCCAUCUAUGACUCAAUACACACUAUUUAUAAUUCUAUUCUUAAUUAUGGGAGUUGUGUUCGGAGUUAUUACGUCGAUGGAAGCAAAUUAUGACGAAGGUAGCGAUGGCAAACCUCAGCGACAUUUUAAUCGCGCUAUGGCUAUGCGUUCUAUGAAACUUGGAAUCAAUCCAAGGCUUAUUAGAAUGCGGAAGCUAAACGGGGUAUGAAAUGAUAAUAAAUAGGACAGUUUUUUUUGUUUUUUUUCUUCAUAGUCAAAAACCAAUUUUUGCUAGCUGUGUCAAAAAUAAUAACCUGCCAGUCUUUUUAUACGUAUGCCAAAUAAAAAUGUUAUGUUGUA